GCAGCGCGGCCGGGAUGAGCGGGAGCGGCGCGGCGCCUGGCCCGAGCUCGGGCUCCUCCCCGACCGCCUGCCGCUUCGCGCACUACUUCGUGCUGUGCGGGAUCGACGCAGACAGCGGGCUGGAGCCCGACGAGCUGGCGGUUUUGUACCAAUGGCUAGAAGCAGAUCGUCAUGGCAAGAGCCAAGAUACUGCAAAUACGACUUCAGGUGAAAACUUUGACCAGAGUCCUUUGAGAAGAACAUUCAAAUCCAAAGUGUUGGCCCACUAUCCUGAGAAUAUAGAAUGGAACCCUUUUGAUCAAGAUGCAGUGAACAUGCUGUGCAUGCCUAAAGGACUAUCUUUCAGAACUCAAACUGACAAUAAAGACCCUCAGUUCCACUCAUUUAUAAUUACCCGGGAAGAUGGUUCUCGUACCUAUGGUUUUGUUCUCACUUUUUAUGAAGAAGUUACAAGUAAGCAGAUCUGCACAGCCAUGCAGACGCUCUACCAGAUGCACAACGCCGAGCACUACAGCGGCGUGUAUGCUUCGUCUUCCUGCAGCAUGGAUUCGCUGGCAAGCAGUGUUGAUGAGGGAGAUACAACUUCCCUUUUGAAACUCCAGCGAUACAACUCCUAUGACAUCAGCAGAGACACGCUGUAUGUUUCAAAAAGUAUAUGUUUGAUCACACCGCUGCCUUUCAUGCAGGCCUGCAAGAAAUUCCUUAUCCAGCUUUACAAGGCAGUUACCUCACAGCAGCCGCCACCCUUGCCGCUUGAGAGCUACAUCCAUAACAUUCUCUACGAGGUACCCCUUCCACCUCCAGGGAGGUCACUGAAAUUUUAUGGUGUUUAUGAACCCGUCAUCUGCCAGAGACCUGGGCCCAGUGAACUCCCCCUCUCCGAUUACCCUCUUCGAGAGGCCUUCGAGCUUCUGGGAUUGGAGAACCUGGUGCAGGUGUUUACCUGUGUUCUUUUAGAGAUGCAGAUCCUUCUCUACUCACAAGAUUAUCAACGCUUGAUGACUGUGGCGGAAGGCAUCACCACACUUUUGUUCCCAUUUCAAUGGCAGCAUGUUUAUGUGCCCAUCCUCCCUGCUUCUCUGCUACAUUUUCUUGAUGCUCCUGUCCCUUAUCUGAUGGGCCUUCAGUCAAAAGAAGGAACUGACCGUUCUAAGCUAGAACUUCCUCAAGAGGCUAAUUUGUGUUUUGUGGAUAUUGACAACCAUUUUAUUGAACUGCCUGAAGAAUUUCCACAAUUCCCCAAUAAGGUGGAUUUUAUCCAGGAACUCUCUGAAGUGCUUCUUCAAUUUGGGAUCCCUCCUGAGGGUAGCCUCCAUUGCAGUGAGAGUGCCACAAAACUGAAGAAUCUGGUUCUGAAGGACUUGGUUAAUGACAAAAAGAAUGGCAACGUCUCCACUAACAACAUCAGCAUGUACGAGUUACUGAAGGGCAAUGAAACCAUAGCCCGCCUCCAAGCUCUGGCCAAGCGGACCGGUGUGACCGUGGAAAAAAUGGAUCUCUCUGCCACACUGAGUGAAAAAGAAAAGGAUUUAAAACUUCAGUGUGAAGAGGCAGAACUAAGGGACUACCAGCUCAACGUGCAGCUCCGUGAGGUCUUUGCUAACCGCUUUACACAGAUGUUUGCAGAUUAUGAAGCAUUUGUGAUUCAGACUGCCCAGGACAUGGAAUCCUGGCUGACCAACCGAGAACAGAUGCAGAACUUUGACAAAGCUUCCUUUCUCUCUGACCAGCCUGAGCCUUACCUGCCAUUUCUUUCACGCUUCAUUGAAACACAGAUGUUUGCCACCUUUAUUGAUAAUAAAAUUAUGUCUCAGUGGGAAGAGAAGGAUUCUUUGCUUCGGGUCUUUGACUCUCGGAUUGAGAAGAUGAGACUGUAUAAUGUAAGGGCACCCACCUUGAGGACAUCUAUUUAUCAGAAAUGCAGCACUUUAAAAGAAGCAGCCCAAUCAAUUGAGCAGCGACUGAUGAAAAUGGAUCACACGGCAAUCCACCCACAUCUGCUUGAUAUGAAAAUUGGUCAAGGCAAAUAUGAGCAAGGGUUCUUUCCAAAGUUACAGUCUGAUGUGUUGGCAACAGGACCAGCUAAUAACAAUCGCUGGGUAAGUCGGAGUGCCACGGCGCAGCGCAGGAAAGACCGCCUUCGCCAACACUCGGAGCACAUUGGAUUGGACAAUGACCUGCGGGAGAAAUAUAUGCAAGAGGCACGAAGUUUAGGAAAAAACCUGAGGCAGCCCAAACUGUCAGACCUCUCUCCUGCAGUGAUUGCACAGACCAACUGCAAAUUUGUAGAAGGCUUAUUGAAAGAAUGUAGAAUGAAGACAAAGCGCAUGUUAGUGGAGAAGAUGGGACAUGAAGCAGUGGAACUGGGCCAUGGAGAAGCAAACAUAACCGGCUUGGAAGAGAACACCUUGAUCGCCAGCCUCUGUGACCUACUGGAAAGGAUAUGGAGCCACGGCUUGCAGAUCAAGCAGGGGAAGUCAGCUUUGUGGUCACAUUUAAUUCAGUUUCAGGACAGAGAAGAGAAGCAAGAGCACCUUGCAGAAUCGCCAGUUGCCCUUGGACCAGAAAGAAGAAAAUCUGACUCAGGAGUUAUGUUGCCAACACUCAGGGUCUCUCUUAUCCAAGACAUGAGGCAUAUUCAGAACAUGAGUGAGAUCAAGACUGACGUUGGACGAGCUCGGGCGUGGAUAAGACUAUCUCUAGAAAAGAAGCUCCUGUCCCAGCAUCUCAAGCAGUUGCUCUCCAACCAGCCACUCACCAAGAAGCUUUAUAAGCGUUAUGCUUUUCUACGCUGUGAAGAAGAAAGAGAGCAGUUUCUUUACCAUCUUCUUUCCCUCAAUGCGGUUGACUACUUCUGCUUCACCAGUGUGUUCACCACUAUCAUGAUUCCAUAUAGGUCAGUGAUCAUCCCCAUCAAAAAGCUGAGCAAUGCGAUCAUCACAUCGAACCCUUGGAUCUGUGUAUCGGGAGAGCUAGGAGACACGGGAGUAAUGCAGAUUCCCAAAAACCUCCUCGAAAUGACUUUUGAGUGCCAGAACUUGGGGAAGCUGACCACUGUUCAGAUUGGCCAUGAUAACUCAGGACUGUUAGCCAAAUGGCUAGUGGAUUGUGUCAUGGUCAGAAAUGAGAUCACAGGACAUACAUACAGGUUCCCAUGCGGGCGGUGGUUGGGGAAAGGCAUUGAUGAUGGAAGCCUGGAGAGAAUCCUUAUUGGGGAAUUGAUGACCUCAGUGGCAGAUGAGGAUCUGGUAAAGCAGUGUCGGACUCCACCCCAACAGAAAUCCCCCACCUCGGCUCGGAGACUGAGCAUCACUUCACUGACAGGAAAAACCACCAAACCCAAUGCUGGACAGAUCCAAGAAGGAAUUGGAGAAGCUGUGAAUAAUAUUGUGAAACAUUUUCACAAACCUGAGAAAGAGAGAGGAAGCCUCACAGUGUUGCUAUGUGGAGAAAAUGGACUGGUUGUGGCACUUGAACAAGUCUUCCAUCAUGGGUUCAAAUCUGCCCGCAUCUUUCACAAGAAUGUCUUCAUCUGGGACUUCAUAGAGAAAGCAGUUGCUUAUUUUGAAACCACUGACCAGAUUCUAGACAAUGAAGAUGAUGUCCUUAUUCAGAAAUCAUCCUGCAAAACCUUCUGCCACUAUGUAAAUGCUAUUAAUACUGCACCCAGGAACAUUGGGAAAGACGGCAAAUUCCAGAUUUUAGUUUGCCUCGGAACACGGGAUCGCCUGCUCCCACAGUGGAUCCCACUCUUAGCCGAGUGUCCUGCCAUUACCCGAAUGUACGAGGAGAGCGCCCUCCUGCGAGACCGCAUGACUGUCAACUCUCUCAUCCGCAUUCUGCAGACCAUUCAGGACUUCACCAUAGUCUUGGAAGGCUCACUCAUCAAAGGAGUGGAUGUGUAACCCACGUGGCUAGAAACGCUCAGUCCAGACCCCUUGUUCCUGAGCCUUCCCCAACUAUGGGGACUGAUUUGGACUUGUCUGACAAGGGAGUGAGUCAGUGCGGGGGCAACACACCGUAUUCCCCAAUUUGAACAAUCCUCACACUACAGACAAGGCAAAAUGCUGUAUUGUAGUUCAUUUGAACCUGGAAUUUAGUAUAAAAUAGAGUAUUUUCAUGUGUUAGAUGUGUGUAAAUAUGCUAUCUUCUUUAAGAAAUUAUAUUACUCUAAUAAGAUACUUUUCUUAGAUUGAAUAUUCCUGUGACUUAAAAUAAGUAGCUUAACCGCAUUGGGAGUUGGGGAGGGGAAGAGUGGUGCUAGCCAGGAAGAAGCCAGUAAACAUGUAAUUACAGUGCAACCCAGUCGGGGGCUUUUAUUUCCCUCCAGGUAUCACAAAGGAACCCAGAAUGCAUUGUUAUAUCAUAGCCAUCCAUCCUGGUGUGUCCGAUCCUUUGUAUUGUGAAUGUGAACAGCUUUACCUACUGUACAUGGUAGUCCUCACUUACAUUUUUUUUUUAGGUUACAAAUGGUUUCAUACAUUUGAAUUGAGUCACUUUUCCAGUCUUUUGGAAAAAUUUUUCCGUCGGCACAAGAUAAAGAUAUGAUUCAAAUAUUUUAAAUACUGGACCCCAGGAGCUUGGCUGAACUGGAAAGAGAACACACAAAGCCCUGAAAAGUAUGUUAAAUUGUAGGAUUAUAACUUCUUUACACUUUGGAAAGAUUAGCCUAGACUAACUUCAUUCUUGGCAUUUUUAUUCUUGUUAUGUGAGCUACUUUGAAGAGAUGUGAAUUUCAGAGUGUUGGUCUCAUAGUUAUAAGAACUGCAAAUGGCAGUUUGAUUCUGUACUUAUAAUUUGGCCAUCUGACCCCCCGCAGUCCUUACCUCAAGGGUAAUCUCAAACCCUGUCUUUGUUAGGUUCCAUUCACCCCUCCCCUCCCCUCUUCCUGUGCCCAUCCCCCUCUCAGGAAAUGGAAGGAAUGUCUAAGAAGGAGGAGGGCUCUGUGUAGCUUGGAAUGUUUUUGUGAAAGUAUUUGUUGACCAUGAUAAUGCAAAUAACAGAGGGAAAGAGCAAGAAUGAACCCUUUCUGGGUGUUUCAGGGCAAGUUUUAUGUUCCUUUUUAAGAAAGGGUAAUAUAAAACAACUAGCCCUGAGAAGGUGAAAGCCAGGGCAGCACAGACUGACAAAAAUGGAAGCAGUACGGGAGGCAACAGUUUUGAAAGACCAAACAUUGUGAGUAGCUUUCCAGCUUGGUAUUUUAUAAGGAAGUUAAAUAAAUGGGUUAGCCAGUUACCUUGAGUCUUCGUUUAUGGUAGGUCCUGUAACUCAUUAGGCAUUUGCACAUUGUUAGCGGUGAAAUUGCCUCAGCAGAGCUCCGGGGUUUAUUCCCAGUUGUGGCUGAGAAGCAAAGCCAUGGCCUCUCAGGACCCUUGUACAGUCUUGAGGGUCCUGGGCUUAGCCAACAGUAUUGUUCCACUUAUUUCCUGGAGGAAGAAACUAAUGAAACAAGUGCCUCACUCCCUUUAUCAAACACUGUAUUCAGCUGGGGUCACCAAGGCACAUCCCCUUUUAACCAGUGACUUAAUCCAGGAGCACCGGGGGAGUUGAAGGCAGCAUUUAGAAGCCCAUGGAAGAGCUUUAAGAAGAUGAUUCUGGGUGACCUGGGUAGCCUGGAGAUUUGCUCGCCUGAGGCUAAGGGCUGUCUGCAUUGGUGUAGCUCUUCCAAGGACCUGGAAAGUCUAUCAUGGGAGGCAUCCAGACCCUAUUUAACAGGUUCUUGUGUUGCAGUGAUCAGACAGCACAGAAUGAUCAGUGCAGGGUUUUAUUAUUCUUAGUACCUUUCUUAGAAGGCCAUGGCUCUGGCACACUCCGGGCAGCUGAGAGAUGACUUAGGUUAGUAUGCUAGUAUCAAGUCCUCAUUUUAUAGAUGGGAACACUUGAGGAUCAGAGAGGCUAAAUACUUACCCCACGGCUGGUCAGUAACCAGAGUCUAGAGCUCGUGUCUUUUAUUACACCAAGGCUGCAUGAGACCGAGCUCCAAGGAGGCAUUCAUAUUUUUUUUUAUAAAAAUUUUAUUUAUUUGACAGAGAGACAC